AUGAAGCUCUGUCUCUCUGGGUUAUUCUUCCUCCUGGUGAUCUCACUGGCUUCAGUGAAUGGUUUGUUUGGAAAUGAUGGAGUAGAACUUCGUGUUUGCACUACACUUGGUGGCAGAUGUUUUUUCGGUUGUAAAAUGGGAUGGGCAUGGGUGGCAUACUGUCACAACGUACUGUCUUGUUGCAUAGAAAUGAAGAAAAAUAAACCCCCGGCAGCCCUACUGCCAUGA